AUGACCACGAAGGCGCUUCCAAAAGCGCCGGUGCCUUCGGAGCCGCCAAAGAUGCGGCCGGAGCCGUUUGCCGGUGAGGCCUCGGCUGAAGGCCUCCGAAUGAGGGUGGCGAGGACGAGUCGGACGAGCUGCGUGAGCCACAUGAGGUCCGACGGCUCUGCCUUCUCCUACCCGUUCCUUUCCGUGGACAGCCUGACACGACUGGAGGAAGUGGAGGAGGGUCGGCCUGAGGGCCGGAGCGAGGAGGAGGUGGAGGCAACAGUGGAGCGCUGGACUGCCUAUCUCCACCCUCGCGCCAAGGAGGCGAUCAUAGGAUGCAGGAUAUGGGGUUUUGAGAAGUUCUCCAACAGCAGCAGGGACUUCGUGCGGGGGCCCAUGGUUGGGGAGGGUGCAGACGGCCCCAAACUCGAAGACUAG